AAACGCGAUGGUUGAAAAACAGAUCCUAAAAAACAAUAACUAUAUUUUAAAGAGACAAUCUUUCGGGAAGUUUUUUUGAAUAAGGAAGAGUAAUUGUGAAGCAAAAGCACCACCCUGCGAUUCUCGCUCACCACCUACACAGCCUACAACUACAAUUUCUCUGUACCAACUAAUUCAACUACCUCCUUCACCAUCUAACGUGUUUUUUGGGUCAUCAUCAUCUCCAACCAAAACAGAAUUUGAAAGAAAACGAUCUCACCUGGAAAAGGUGGAAAAAAAUUUAAAUUAAUCGGAGUCCAGUUAUCCCAGUAGUGGCUCUUCUUUUUCAGAUUCUGGUGUCUCAAUGAAGAUGCCAGAUUUGACUGAGGAGCCAGAGAAAAUAAAACAGAAUGAGAGUAAAGCUCAAGGGAAGGAAGACAGUGAGUAUGUGAGAUUGGUUGUUCCCGAUGAAUUAAGGACACACGAAACAUAUACAGUAUCUCAAACCCCGCCAAGAAAAAGAUCUUUUGCAUGGUGGAUCAGGGCCAUAAUAUGGUUUUCACUUACCAUGGUUUUGCUCCUUGUGUUCGUUAAGUAUGGAGUGCCGUUUCUUGUGGAAAAGGUUCUUUUCCCACUGUUGCAAUGGGAAGCCACUGCAUUUGGCCGUCCAUUACUGGCGCUUGUAAUUGUAGCUUCUUUGGCUUUGUUCCCUGUUUUCCUAAUUCCUUCUGGUCCGUCCAUGUGGCUUGCCGGGAUGAUUUUUGGAUACGGACUGGGUUUCGUCAUAAUUAUGGUGGGAACAACGAUUGGGAUGGUUCUUCCGUAUUUAAUUGGUUUAAUCUUUCGCGACAGAAUUCAUCAAUGGCUGAAAAGAUGGCCCCAAAAAGCUGCUAUGAUAAGGUUGGCUGGAGAAGGAAGUUGGUUCCAUCAGUUUAAAGUCGUUGCACUGUUCCGGGUUUCACCAUUCCCAUACACAAUAUUCAAUUACGCAGUUGUGGUCACAAGUAUGCGAUUCUGGCCCUAUAUAUGGGGUUCAGUCGCAGGCAUGAUUCCAGAGGCAUUCAUCUACAUCUACAGUGGUCGGCUUAUAAGGACGUUGGCAGAUGUCCAAUAUAGGAACUAUCAUCUCACUCCAGUGGAGAUCAUUUACAAUGCCUUCUCCUUCAUAGUUGCAAUCAUCACUACAGUUGCUUUCACCGUCUACGCUAGAAGAACAUUGGACGAGCUCAAAGCUGCAGAAGCCAACGUCGAAGAUUCAGCUACCAACAAUAAUAGUAGGUUUGAGAUGCACAAGCUCCCACUUGAGAAAUACAAGAAUAGUUUUUCGUUGCCUUAGUCAUAGCCUUUUAUGAUCUGCUGCUGUAAAUGUGUUGUAAAUAGGAAAAGGAUUUGUCAUUCACUUUAUAAUCUUUGUGAAAAUAGACGCAGCUGAUCAUAUUGAUCAAUGUUCCUCUUAAUAUCUGAAUCGGGGAAGUUACCAAGCGCAA